AUGAUUCAACGACUUUCUGUAUUAUCACUUUCUAUUACGUUAUGUUAUGGCUUGAAUUGCUACCAAUGCGGCGUAUUCCUUUCUGCACCUACAUCAGAAUGUCAAGGAUCACCGAAGAAUAUGUCUUGCGAUCCUGAUAAUUAUGGAUGCCUAAGCAUACGAGGAUCAAAUAAGGACGGCACAUACUAUGUGGAAAAACGAUGCGCGGAAAAGACUGAUACAAGGACGGUGGGAUGCACAGAUAUAGAAGUUCAAGGAAUAUCUGCCAAACAAUGCUUCUGUGAAGGUGACCUAUGCAAUAGUAUUGGACAGACAUUCCUCUACACGUCAAUAGUCGCGGCACUAGUCUCUUUACUGCUUGUAGCAGAAAGAGUUUGAUCAAAAGAUUCUCCAUUGUUGUUUCAUAUCGCUAGCUUACGAUAAUGUUUAUUGUACAUAUUUGUCUUAUACUGCCACAUAGUCGCUAUAGAGUUUUUUGGGUUUUGUAAGCCUGGC